AUGGAAAAGGAAAAUGCAUCCUUGCUGACAGAGUUUGUUCUCACAGGACUUACAUAUCAACAGGAAUGGGAAAUCCCCCUGUUCCUGACGUUCUUGGUGAUAUACCUCAUCACCAUCGUGGGGAACCUUGGUCUUAUUGCUCUCAUCUGGAAUGACUCUCAACUUCACAUCCCCAUGUACUUUUUCCUUGGGAGUUUAGCUUUUGUGGAUGCUUCAAUAUCAUCCACAGUGACACCCAAGAUGCUGCUACAGUUUUUCACCAAAAGUAAGAACAUAUCUUUUUCUGAAUGCAUGAUACAAUUUUUUUCCUUUGCUAUUGGAGUUACCACAGAAUGUUUUCUCUUGGCGGCUAUGGCAUAUGAUCGCUAUGUAGCCAUAUGCAACCCUUUACGUUAUCCAGUGAUUAUGACCAACAGACUAUACACCCAGCUACUAAUCUCCUCAUUUGUAGGUGGCAUCAUUCAUGCUUUUAUACAUACAGGUUUUUUACUUAGAUUAACCUUUUGCAAUUACAACAUAAUACAUCACUUUUACUGUGAUAUUGAACCUCUGUUUAAGAUUUCCUGUACUGACCCUUCUCUUAACAUCCUAAUAGUUUAUAUUUUCUCUGGAUCAAUUCAGGUAUUCACCAUUACAAUUGUUCUUGUCUCUUAUACACUGGUUCUCUUCACAAUCUUAAAAAAGAAGUCUCUAGAAGGCAUAAAGAAGGCCUUCUCCACCUGUGGAGCCCACCUUUUAUCUGUGUCUUUAUACUAUGGCCCUCUUCUCUUCAUGUAUGUGCGCCCUGGAUCUGUACAGUCAGAUGAUCAAGAUAUGAUGGACUCACUAUUUUACACUAUCAUAAUUCCUUUCUUAAAUCCAAUUAUCUAUAGCCUGAGAAAUAAGAAAGUCAUAGAUUCACUGACAAAAUUGAUAAAGAGAAAUGUUUAG